AAGGCCCCGCCGGGAGGUGUGGUGUGGAGUAGAGACCCGGAGCGUGGGAACCAGUGCCCCACCGAACUGCUGCUGCCGGGCCAGCCGAGGGCCCCCAUCCCCAACCCGUCCAGCUCUCAGGCGUGAAGAACUACAACUCCCAGCAUGCCUUGAGCCCGACGAUCCGGGACGCUGAGGCGGGGUCGGGCCCUCCAGUCUCCCCCUCCCCGCCGGCUUUCCUCACGGGUCCUCCUGGCUCUCCCGGCCGCGCGCGGAACUGGGACUCGAGCCAUGGAGGACGCGUCGCCUCCGCUGCUGAACAACAGCAAGCCACACCUGGAGAAGCUAACCCUGGGGGUCACCCGUAUUCUGGAAUCUUCCCCAGGUGUGACAGAGGUUACAAUCAUAGAAAAAGCACCUGCUGAACGUCAUAUGAUUUCUUCAUGGGAACAAAAAAAUAACUGCGUGAUGCCUGAGGAUGUGAAAAACUUUUACCUAAUGACCAAUGGCUUCCAUAUGACGUGGAAUGUGAAGCUAGACGAGCACAUCAUUCCCUUGGGCAGCAUGACAAUUAACAGCAUCUCCAAACUGACUCAGCUCAACCACUCUUCCAUGUACUCACUUCCUAAUGCACCAACUCUGGCAGACCUGGAGGAUGAUACACAGGAAGCCAAUGAAGACCAACCAGAAAAGCCUCACUUUGACUCUCGCAGUGUGAUAUUUGAGCUGGAUUCAUGCAGUGGGAACGGGAAGGUUUGCCUUGUUUACAAGAAUGGGAAACCAGGAUUCGCACGAGAUACUGAAAUCUGGUUCCUGGACAGAGCAUUAUACUGGCAUUUUCUCACAGAUACCUUUACUGCAUAUUAUCGCCUGCUCAUCACCCACCUGGGCCUGCCACAGUGGCAGUAUGCCUUCACCAGCUAUGGCAUUAGCCCACAAGCCAAGCAAUGGUUCAGCAUGUAUAAACCUAUCACAUACAACACAGAUCUGCUCACAGAAGACACCGACUCCUUUGUGAACAAGUUGGAUCCCAGCAAAGUGUUUAUGAGCAAGGACAAGGCCUUAAUCCCAAAGAAGAAAGGACCUGUGCAGCCUUCAGUGAUAGAGGCUCAUGAAAGAAUGACUUCAGUUCUUCCUACAUGUACCACUUCACGAUCUCUAAGGAAAACCAAGAUGCCUUUCCACUAGUAUCACCAAGUCCAUGGAUGACUUCAGUUUGGGUCCAGUUCUAGAUUCCACAAAUGAAGCAUCAGAAAAACCUGGAGAACAACAGUACCCUUCAAACCAGAGGGGAUCAGUAGGGGUCUUCUAAAGGCUGUUGAAGGAAGGGACUUACGCUUGAAACCUGCCUCAGAGCACAUAACAAUAUGCUCCAAGUAAGCCAGAACAAAAAGAAGACAUGGUUUUCUUGUUCAAAAAUCAAGAAAAAACUACCUUUAAAAUACUAACAUGUGUUUCUCCUUUGUUCCAUAAUCUCUUGUAACUUUUCUAUUUGCUAUUUAGUGCUGUUCUAAGGAAAAAAUAAAACUUAUGAGUCAAUAUGUACUUUAUCAUUCAUUUUUAUACUGUACAGUUCCAACUUAACCAUUUUAUCCAGACUUGACUUUAAUUAUGAGUAAAGUCUAGGAGAAAAAAAGAUGUGAAACCCUAUAUUUUUCUUUUCUUUCAUCCAUUUCAACAAAAGUGAUUGUCUAAUACAAAGCACAAACAUGCAUAAGAAAGGC